UUUCAUCGAUAUCGUCAGUGGUUAUCUGUAACCGAAUCUAACCGUUAGAAUUCGUCGGCGGACGCGUUCGCCAAAUAUUUUCGCUUUUAAAUUUCUCAAAAAAAUACAAUUUAAAAGUCAGCAGCAAAAAUGUCUGAAAUUAGGAAACGGGCUGGCGGGCAACUUGCGAAUUCAGUUGCUGUAAAAGUUACAAAGAAAAGUACAGUCGUUGACCCGCGGAGUAGUGAAAUCCCAAUGGACGCCAAAACUCAACUGGUUUCUAAAAAUUCAUCCCAACUCCACAAUGAUUUUAAGAAGAAAACGAUCCAAAAUGUCUCCCCCUGCGAGACGCCAAAAAUGUUCGCGCCAAAAGUUAUGCCCCUCGAAGAAACCCCGAAAAAACCCACUACCCCCACCCACCCCUUGGACCAACCAAAAAGAAAGAUCAAAAAAUUUCCCAACAAUCCGGAGAAAUUAUGGAAAGACGUCCAAAAGUUGUCUCCCGGUACUGGGAGAUUAUUAGAUGACUUCAUGAAGCAACAUAACAACUCACUCUCAGAUCUGAAAAGGAAAGACUUGAUCUUAAGCAAGAAAAUGCAAACUAUUACCAUGGAAUCUUUGCAGAAAAAUACGGAAAAUAUUAACCUUAAAGAGAAGUUGUCUAACAUGGAGCGGGAGCUGACCCUUUUAAAGAAGGACAUUUUGGAGCAGCAAGAAAAGAAUGCAGAGAGCAUUAAAAAGUACAUGGAAAUCAGCAAAAAGUACACUCAUUGUGAGAAAAACUAUGACAAUGAGCUUGAAAUCAUUAAAGUGUGUGCGGAGAAGAAAAACACAGAGCUUAAAGCUGCCCAAUCUCGAAUUGCUCAACUGGAUCGCGAGCUGAAGAAUAUGGAAGAAACCAAUCGCGAACUAUCUUCCGCACUCGGCAAAUGUAAUACGGAAUUGGAGCAGUCCCUAGUGACCAACAGUCAGAUCUUGGAGCAUUGUACUGGAAUCACGGGGUCAUACGAAUCCCUAAGGCUACAAUUUGAAGAUGUAACUGCACAAAAAGAAUUAUGCGAGGCAAACUUCCUACAGCUGAGCACCGAGCUUAAUGCAAAAGUGCUUACCUGCGCCGAACUUCAAGAUCGCGUUAAACAGCUACCCAUUGAAGCCAAUAAGGUUUUGUCGGAAGUCCAAAAUAAAUUGGAAAGCAAAGAAUUACUCUAUCAGGAGCAGCAACGAUUGACGGAUCAGGCUACAAAAGACCUCGAACUAGCCCGAAACGAGAUAAAUACUUAUAAAACUCACAUAGACCAAAUGGAAGUAACCAAUGCUUCCCUCAAAGACGAACUUACCAAAAUGACGGCUAAAUUAAACGAGCUAGUUGAUAUCAACGAGAGUUAUUAUAAAGAAUUAGCUGAAGCGAAGUUUGCGCACUCUCAAGAAAUGAACAAGCAAGCUGUGUCUCACGAGAACGCUCUCCGAGAUCUAAAAGGUCUAUUGAACAAGGCUUCCCUUGACUAUAAAAAGCUAAAGAACAGCAAUGAUGCACUACGAAAGGAAAACCUACAACAGGUCACUCAACUUCAAGGCCAGCUUAAGGAAUUAGAGUUGCAGUGCAACAAUCAGAAGGAGAUAAUAAAAACUAAAGCCGAUGAACUUCAGAAGAAAACUGAACUUUUUGAAGAAGAAUUGAAAGGACAGAAGGAACAGCUAUAUCAUCAAAUUCAAGACAAGACAACUGAGUUUGAAAGUGAAGCUCAGCGCAGCGCAGUUGAAAUUCAAACACUUAAAGCUGCCCUAGGGCAAAAGGAUGAAAUGCUGACAGCUCAGCAAGAGAAGUUUCAAGUUCUGAUGAAUGACCAUGAUAACCUACAGCAUAUCAUAGUCGAUCUUCAGGCCGAUAAGGAAGAAAUCGACAAUGAAUACUCCACUUCAAAGUUAAGAUUCACCCAAGAGUUAGAGUCACAAAAGGAUAACCUAAUGAAAAAGAUAUCUGAAUUGGAGCUGGAAGUUAACGUUAAAGCAACAAAAUUGAUUGAACUGGAACGCGAAAAGAACAAUGAAAUGGCUGUACUCCAAUUCAAAAUGAAUCGAAUUAACAGUCUAAUCGACCAACCAGUGAGCACAAUAUCUAAAAUACAAGAUUCCCAUGGACCGUCCAAUACUCAAGGCUCAAUAAAUAAGGUUCAACCGAAAAUGUCCGAAGGCGUCGCGGGCCCUUCCAAAAAGCGCACUGUGCGUCGACAUCAAAUUUCUUCAAUACAUGGGUCAGACUUUGAAACCGAAGACGAAAUGCCUAUUGUAAAUCAAAAUGUGAGCUCCAAACGGGCCAAAAUGUCUGCGGUCGUUAAGCCACAAAAUGGGGAUGUGUUCGACAUGUUAAAGAAAACUACUUAAUUAAGCCAACUUAAUUA